AUGGACACGAGCCCUCCAGCAAAGUUCAUUGCCGUUCACGAUUACCUCAGCAGCUGCGCAUCGUGGCAGCAGCUGCUAAACGAAUCCGUCGCCGAUCUUCCCUUGUCGCGAUUAACGCCAACAGCGCCACUAGAGGUGUACUGCGCUGACCUCCGUGGCCACAACUUCUCUGAAGCAGCCCCGAUGACAUCUGCCUCUGUCUACCCGCUCGCCUGUGCUGCGGACAUCAUCAAAAUGCAGGAGGACAUUCUGCGCUCCGAGGCGGGGCUGCUCGGGGUCGGUUUUGGAUCUCUCGUUGCCUCCUGUGCUGCUCUGCACGCACCAGACGCCUUCUCCUCUCUCACACUUUUCGUGAACGAGAUAGCGCAACUGCAACGAUGCCUUCCGUCCUCUUAUCUGGCCGGUGAGCUUUUCCGCAGCGCGCCAUCCGACGCCACCGGAAUGGCAAUGCUGAAUAGCUACCUGCUCGAUCGAGUACCGAACCCAGAAGAGCGGGCAGCGCUUCUCGCCGCCGUGGAGGUGCGACGUGGCCAGGCCCGGUUUCGGUUCAGUAAAGAACUCCUUCAGUACACCGAGCCACUGGUGCUUAGUGCGCCGGCUGGCAGCAAGUUCACCAAGCCGACCAUCGUGUACGUAUGCGGCAAGGAUGGAGGCUGCUCGCCGGAGGAGGAGUCCACGCUGCACACACGUUUCCCUGCGGUGAAGGUUAUCAAGCUCGACACGCAGGGGGAGUCGCUGACGUCCUCCAAACUGAGUGUUGUCCCGCUGUUUCUUCAGUCGUGCGGCAUGCUUGGCGAGAUCAAUGAGGCGGCCAUGGAGCAAUGA